AUGCUGAGCGACAAGAGAUACGGCCUCUCUAUAAACCUGAUGGCUACCAGGGUCAUGCCUUCACUCCUACCGCAGACCGUCAACCCGUCCCUCAACCUGGAGCAGUUCACCAUGCUACUGGAAGUCCUCCAGGACAUGCUUGAUCAUAUAGACAGCACCAGUGACGCGGUUGAGAGAGUAGCGCAGGAAUCUCUUGGAUACCUGCUUUUCCUUCUAUAG